ACACGAUCGUGUGCUGGGUGUUUGCGUGCCCGUAGACUUUAGUGCCCGGCGGUCUGUGCGGUUUGCCGUGUUAAAGCAUAAAGCUACCACAGCAUCUCCUGCGAAACACCCGGUGUGGUGUUGCGCAAGAUACGGUUUGCCCGCACCGUUAACUCCCGGGAGCAUUAGCGGGAACUGCAUUGGUGGGAAGGUCGCGUGCAGUAGAGUUCGUGCUGGUGCAGUUUUGAAGUUCAUUUUAUCAAAUGAUCGGUGGAAAGGCAUCAGCAGAAGCAUCCUAGAGAACGAGGCCGAUGAGCAUCUUCAACGCUUGUGACUUGCCGCGCUAAGUGAUCGAGAUCAGUGCGUCCUUGAUAAAACGCCACCAAUUUUAAGAAAAAUACACCCAACUCCAUCAUCCCCGGUUGCGCAAUCCUGCAGGCUCUUUCAAGGACCCGCAUCACCUUCCACGUUGGAGCGAAACGUGAUGUAAUCCGGACGCAGACAACCGCUCCAGACACAACACUUCCCAGAAGCCGGUAAAGCUGCUCGCAAAAAGAAUUAAAGAUACAUUACUUUCCUCAACCUUCCUUGCGGGGUUGACCGGUGUUCCGCCCACUACCCUUCCGCGCUCUCAAUCUGGUGGGCUUCUCGAUCGUUAAGGCAAUCAUUUAGCCUCGUGCCACGCCACUGCUGCAAACCACAUCAACGCACACGCAUGAUUCAUUGCGAUAAACGUCACCGCCCGAGAGACAACUAAUACACCACCAGAGCCGGGCGUGAGCGGUUGGUUGACGGUAAAUGUCAAUCAAUUCCGCGUGUGUAACCCAUUUCCCUGAGAAGUAUCGGCACACAUGCAGUUGAAUAAUCUUGCCACCUUGUGUUGCCUGUGCAGUGCCGUGCGCUGGCAAAGAUUGGCAAAUGCGUGUGGUGAAGCUAUCUCGCAAGCCGGAGUAAAUUGUCGUUUGGAGUAACACACGAACACAAAGUGACUUCCAAAAACAGAAAACAAAACAAAAAAAAAGCAAGCGUGCCAAAGUGCAAGUGUGAAAGUGCAUUUAGUGAAGACAGUAAAAGAAAAAACCACUUACUCCAUGUUGCAUGUUGCAAACGCACCCAAAUCGAUUAUGCAUUGAAUCAUCGCCAAAGCAAAUGCAUUUGCUGCGUCCUUAGUAGGCAGAGGGGCAAAUAAAUUCGCACAAUAAAACUUUAAUGUUUACCGCGAUUUUGGGUGAUAAAAAACCAUCAAAGUAGACAUCAGCGUUUUUUGAACGCUUUGCAGUGUUGUGCAGCGUGAGAGAGCGGUUAUUUGUUUCUGUCCGUGCUGCACGUGUGCAGAGAAGGAGCAACAACAUAAAAAAAAAUAGUACAACGACCCACCAGCACCAUGAGCUUUAACACCUUCAUGCAGAUGACAAACAGUUGGGAGGCAGCUCGGGCUUCACUAGGUUCCCUCUCUGGUAGCAGUAGUUCAACACAAUCCAACGCGCCAAAACACCCGCAGCAGCAACAUUCGAAACAAAAGCAACAAAUGUAUCUUCCAGCCUCCGGGCCUGCCGUACUGUCGUCCGGUGUCGUACCAGCAGUGCUACCAGCCGCCGCCACCGAACCCUAUGAUUAUUUCGAUACCACCGUCAAUGCCAAUGCCAUCGCCGAACGGACCAACAGCUUGCGACGGUUGCGAAGGGCCGGCUAUGCCAACCGCAGCUUUAUGUACCACGGCGAAUAUCCGCUCGGGGGUGGAGAUGACGGGUACGGUGAUGAUACCGGGGGCGGAAUGGGACGCUUGCCGUACUACGUCGAACCGACCUACCGUUCGCUCGAGUACGACCGAAGGCAACGGCGCCGGCACAGUGUGCAUCAGCUGGCCAACUUUAACCCUUCCUCGAAGCUGGACGAUCUGAGGCAGCGCUUUGACGAGUACAGCUCGUCGGCAGCAGUGCCUAGGGGUGCGUACUACGGCUAUUACACGCUCGAUCGCCACAAGAAACUAUCCCGCCAGAUGGCGACGAAUCCAUUGCCUCCGAUUACGUACGGAAAGGCCUUCUCCUUCGGACAGAGCGCACGGUACAGUGGGAGCCGAUCGCUGGAUCGUGUACUGGUGGAGGAAGAACGCGAACAGCGCAAGGGCCCGAAACGUGGUUCCCGCUCAUCGCAGGGUUCCACCGAUAGUAAUAACAGUACACAUAGUGCAUCAUCCGGGUCGCUACUGCUGACGGUAGCAAACCUUGAGAACUUUGCCAAAAUACAUCGUAAAUCGACUGCUGGUGGCGGUAGGGGUGGCGGUCAUCACUCCAAGCAAGAUGGAGCCGCUAGCAGCCGAACGCUUGAAAGAUACCUUUGCUCGACGCUCGAUCUGGUCCCACAUCCCCAUCCCGGUACGCUCGGGCGACGAUCGCGCUACAACAGCAACAUCCUGCUACCACAUCAGCCGAUCGACGACGAUGAUGAGCAGGAGGAGGACGAUCGUAACGUUCAUCCAGCCGAUCAUGCCGCGAUCGAUUACCGAAAGGAUGCGCAUCACAUUGGCAGUGGUGCUAUCGUACCGAUCGAUGAAAUUUCCAUCGACGAAGGUGAAGGUAGUGGCAAUGGGAGCGAACGGCAGCUACAACUGGCCGGUGUAGGACCGGCCGGAGGAGCUAGCCUCGUUUCGCCAUUCCGAUCGCUGAAGGGCAAAGAUCCGGACUCGGUGUCCAUUGCCAGCUCAACGCAUUUUACCAUGGUGAAUGGGAUCGGGGGGCCGCAACGGGUAAUCAAGACUGGCAUCUGCUCCAGUGGCCACCAGAUCACGAUACUGAUCGUCACGAUGAGCAUCAUCUUCAUGAUCGGUAUCUGUUCGGCAGUUUUCCUGCUCGAAAUGCGCGCUAGGGAAAUGCCAAAGUAAAGUUUGUUUCCACCGUCAGCCGACAGAAGAGUUGGGGAAAAUAUUACGAUUACCAUUACGAAGUACACUUAGCAAUCAAAAACUGAUGGAUUAAGCGCUAUCGCCCCGCAACACCGCGUUGCCAUAUGGAAAGUAGAAUAGUUAUUAUCUUUAAGACUUUUUAGAUAUUUUCUUCUC